GUGGAGGAGCUAUGGGAGCUAUGAUGCAGGACCUUGCGUUUGCCAUUCCUGGUGUUGAUGAAGCAAUGGGCUUUCCUAGUGUGUUGGAAAAGGCAUUAGCAAAAAUUGCGCAAUUGAGUGGACGAUUCGGACCAGUUUUUCAGCAAAUGUCUGGUAUGAUGGGUCUUAAUGCUAAUCAAGAAGAUAUGUUUGGAAAACUUGAAGGAAUGCGCGCCAUUAUUACAGAAGUGAAUAAUCAAUUUAAAGAUCCGGUACAUUCUGAUUGUGAACAAUGCCUGGUUCGGCACAAAAUGCAACAAAAAUAUCUAGACCAAAUUUACAACCUUUAUGAAGAUUUUCAUAUUGUUUUAAUGCCACUUUUAACAAAAGAAAUACGUGGUACACAAGAUAUCAAAGAGUUUUCUGAAAUGCUAGUCAAACCAUUUGCACCUCCAGAUUAUUCAAUGAUGGAUGACAGUCAGUGA